AUGGCAGCCUCCAUGGAAAACAUGAAUCACCUAAUGAAAAGAAAAACAGAACUUGAAGCUGAAAUCAAGGCAUUGAAUGAUGUCCUUGAAUCUCAACAGGGCAUUGGUAUGAAGGAGCCCCUGGUUGAUAAAGAAGGAUUCCCACGGUCAGACAUUGACAUCUACUCUGUUAGGCAUGCGAGGCACCAGGUCAUAUGCUUACAGAAUGAUCAUAAAUCAUUGAUGGCUGAGAUCGAAGAAGAGCUGUAUAAAAUCCAUGCUGAAGCUCGCAAGGAGAAAGGUGAAGUUAUGGAAAACAAUGAGGAUGAUGAGUGUAUACAAGCACAAGCCCUGGCAGAGAGGUUGUCUCCCUUUGCUGAGGUGGACAGAGUUGAUGAGGGCUCCCCAGCAUCAGAGGCGGGAUUGAAAGUUGGCGAUGCUAUUGUACAGUUUGGUUCGAUCACUGCUAGUAAAUUCCAGUCGCUGCAGAACAUUGCAUCAGUGGUCCAGCAUAGCAAAGACAAUCCAUUGAAAGUGAUUGUGAGAAGAAAUAUGAAAGAUACACCAUUAAGUUUGACACCAAAAACCUGGAGUGGUCGUGGAUUAUUAGGGUGA